AUGACGAUCGACUCCGCCGUUUACAACGAUCUACAGCGUGUUGUCCAGAUCUACGGGUCUUCGCGUCAAUGGACGUGCAGAGCUAUGGACGGCGCUGCAGGCAAAGGGCGACUGGGCAUCCUGCAACGGCUUCAUGCUGAACGAAGCGAAGGAUGCACCACUGAUGCGCUGUUUAAUGCAGCCAUUAACGGCCACGUCGAAGUGAUGGAAUGGCUCAUCAAAACGUUUUUAGAAGUCGACAACUCAACAGGAAACCCGGCUCUAGCUAUUGGCACUAGACCUGGAGAAGUGGUCAACAUCGCCGAAAGUCUUAGACGUCGAUACGGCUCGUCACACCUGAAAUCUACGAACUUCCGACACAACGGACGCAACUCUGGCGAUGGAGAUGCCAUCAACGAGCACCGUUUCUUCAGCAUUCGGAUGAUCAUGCAUCGAGGAAACCCGUUCGACGCUAUUCGCGUAUUCCGUGCUGCAGCAGCGAAUGGCUCUACUGAAAUUGUUGACUUACUUAUCCCUGAAAGCGACCCCGCAAGUAUCAGUGCCGCAAUGGCAACAGCAGUGAGCCGCGGUUUUCAUGACGUCUUGGCUUUUGUACUGAGGAGAGGCCAGUCGGAGGACCCGGAAUUCUGCUUGAUGAAAGCCGCGCUAGAAGGUCAACUCCUCGCGCGUUCUGUGCCCGGCGGUCUGGUGGCCAACCCGGCCUGUCUUUCAGCAAGCCGCCUUCCUCCCAGCCUCCCUCCGGGCGACCAGCUUCUCGGUGGUCGCUUUGUGUUGCUGCUCCACGAGCCCAUGAAAUGGUGCGCGACUACCGGGAGGCAGAUGGCGCGUUCUCUCCAAGCAGCACUCGGCAACAACAAGAGUGGCGGCGGCGGGUUGGUUGGCUGGUCGCGCAAGACUCCGCCAGCGAAGACCAUUCAUCACACGAUGCAAGUCAAGGCGCCGCGAAGCCAGCUGGUGAAACCCAAAGCAAUCAAGCCAUCUCAGCACGCGGAGAAGGGCCAAGCAAGGGCGGUUGAAGGGGAACCGUUGCGCCGGGCGACUCUGCGUGACUGCCAAUUGACGCCGAACGGCAACAGCGAAGAAGCGUGCUCCAGCAGCGCAGUGACGGUGCAUGAAGGGCAUCAACCUCCGGCUCCUGUCGCGCAGGACGGGCCAGCCCAGGCGGUGGCUGCGCUGCACAGGAGUGUUCUGUUUGAACUGCUCGCCAUCCUCUCUCUCCUCUCUCUUCUCCCCAUUCCCGAGUCUUCCCGCUGCCGCGCACUCGCUCGCUCCUUUAUCGUCUCGGUAUCGAUGUGGAAGCUCGCUGUCACCGGCUCGCUGGCGCUGCUGGCGUCGCUCGCCCAGGCCCAGAUCCGCGACGGCGACGAGAUCUGCGUCAUGAGCGACUCGAACGCGUGCGCCGUGGACGACCUCACCACGUCGGCGCUCGACAGCAGCACCGUCAUCUACCCGGGCGGCGACACGCGCUGCGCCUUCGACGACUUCAGCAACUCGAGCGUCGACUUCAGCACGAACGCGACCUACUUCUUCCAGGUCUUCCCGGCCCCGGAGCAGAGCAAGAAGAAGCUCAUGCUGUACUUCCAGGGCGGCGGCGCCUGCAUCGACGACCUCACGUGCUCCUUCGGCCUGCAGUGCAUGUACGAGACCUUCAGCCCGAACGCCAAGCCGCUGAGCACGGGCGUGCUCAACCGCUCCAACGACGAGAACCUCUUCAACGACUACAACAUCGUGCACCUGCCCUACUGCACGGGCGACCUGCACAUCGGCAGCCACGUCGAGACCAUCGCCGACAGCGCGCUCUACUCACUGCUGAACAUGCCCGAGUGCCUGGGCCACAACAUGACCCUGCACCAGGUGGGCUACAACAACACCAAGGCCGUGCUGGACUGGGCCGUCGAGAACUUCCCCAACCCGGAGGAGAUCAUCAUCAGCGGCUCCAGCGCCGGUGCUCUUGGCGCUCAGGCGCUCAGUGCGCUCGUGGCCGACACGUGGGAGGUCGAGGAGAACAACAUCCGCUACUCGGUCUUCGGCGACAGCUACGUCGGCGUGCUGCCCAGCGACUACACGGCCGGCAAGCUCAUCUCGUACUACGGCUCGUGCGACCUGGACCUCAAGGCGACGGCCAAGCUCUGGGACCAGUGCGAGGACAACGAGCUCACUGUGGCCGAGAUGAUGUCGUACAUGAUCGAGGACGUGCCGGCCGCGCAGUGGCUCUUCCUCAACAGCAUGUACGACAAGACCCAGCGCUACUUCUACGAGCUGGUGAACCAAGGCAUUCUCGGCUACCCGUUCACGGACCUCAUCAGCGGCGAGGACUUCUACUCGAACAUGACGGCGAUCAUCGACGUGUACAAGAACAUCAGCGACCAGGUCUCGACCUUCUACGUCAACAGCACCCAGCACGUGUACCUGACCGUGAACGACUACUACCACAACGCCACUCGCAGCCCCGGUGGCGAGUACCUGGGCGACUUCCUCAAGGACUGGUUGGUGACCAACUCGUCCAUUGACGCCGCCGCCUCGGCUGCUUCGCUGUCUGCCAGCGGCAGCACGGCGGGUUCGUCUACGUCGUCUUCGGAGGAGUCGGCUGCCGCGAGCCUGAACGGCGCGCUGUCGCUCACCGUGGCGGCCGUGGUCAUCUCGAUGCUUAUCCAGUAA